AUGAGACAAAAGAGUCAUAGAAAGGGAACAGUGUCUCCCUGUGCCGCAUGUAAGCUUCUCCGACGAAAAUGUGUGAAAGAUUGCAUCUUUGCUCCAUAUUUUCCGGCUAGAGAGCCUUACAAGUUUGCCAUUGUCCACAAGAUUUUUGGUGCUAGUAAUGUCAAUAAGAUGUUGCAGGUGUUGUCCGAGAACCAACGGAGCGACGCCGUGAAUGCGAUGGUGUACGAGGCCAACGCGAGGGUGCAGGAUCCUGUGUACGGAUGUGUAGGGACAAUUUCGUCGUUACACAGACAACUCGAGGCUCUCCAAACUCAGCUCGCUUUUGCUCAGGCCGAGUUGGUUCAUGCAAGGACGCUCCGCCGUAUUGACACUAAACAUCUGCCUUACACGGCGAGCGCCGUUACUUUCCCAACGAACAAAGACUUCUCCAGUGACGUCAACAUGGCUUUUGUGUAUGAGGAUGGUCCCGGAGAGUCCCUUUGGUCGUGCUAG